AACUUCCGAUUCUACUUGUUAUAUAUAAGAAGGAAGCACGGACACCAUCCCCUCGGUAGAGUCUGAUCAUAUUUAUAACAUGGAUGUAUUUGUUUUAACGUGGUUAAUUUAUGGAGUACAGAGUUUUAAUGUAGAUACAGACAAUGUGGUCAGUAUGAGGGGACCAGACGGGACAUAUUUUGGAUAUUCGGCAGUUAUGUAUGGUAAUGAUGACGGAAAACAAUGGGUUAUUGCUGGAGCUACAAAGGCCAAUUUUUCAAACGACAACGCAAUAACAGAACCAGGCAACAUAUUUAUGUGCCAACUUGACUUCACACAGUCAGUACAAAAUAAAUGUGAACCAAUGAACCUCAGAACAAAUGAUCAGGUCAGAUGGCCAGACCUCCCCGGAUAUGAAGAAGAUAAUGAGUUACUGGGAGCUUCGAUGUCCUUUAUAGAUGAUACUAUUGUUACUUGUGCUCCCCUUUGGAAGAAUAUGAUUCCCCUGAGGAAUGCCAAAUUUGUUCAUGCAAUUGGAAGAUGUUUUAACGUUGACAGAAAUCUUAAAUCCAAUACGACAAAACAGUUUAAAAACACAGUGUUUAGUGCACAAUACACAGCAGAAAAUAGUAACGAACUUAGUUUUGAAGUAGCACAGAUCGGAUUUUCAAUAUCUAAUAAAAAGUAUGAAGAAGACCCCAAGCUGCACAUUCUUCUUGGAGCUCCAGGGUUUUUUGAAAACAAAGGCGGUUUUCUUCAAUACAGUGCAACAGAAACAACAGAACAGUUUUUUGACAGCUUCACACAUCGGGAAUUUGAAUCGGAAACUCAAAAACAAGGCAUAAAACAAGGAAGUUUCAUGGGUUAUUCCAUCACCUCAGGGAAACUGUCAGAUUCUGAUAUAGAUUGUCCAAGUGUUAUUGUACUAGGCACACCACAUUUCAGUUCAAAAGAUGGAAUUGUUGGAGCGGUUCUAGUAGUAUGCGCAGAAAUAAGGAUGACGGGGAAAAGAUUAUAUGUCAAGAAACAGUUUAGUGGCAAACAGUCCGGAAGUGGAUUUGGCAGUUCUGUUGCUUUUGAUGAUAUAAAUGGUGAUGGAUUAGAUGACCUCCUAGUAGGAGCACCUCUACAGUAUAACAAUGUAUUAGAUUCAGGAGUAGUACAUAUAUACUAUGGUGACAAAGACGAAAAUGUUCUUCUGAGAAUAAGUCGAAAAGAAUUACAAGGACAUUCAGAAUGGGGACGAUUUGGUACAGCACUGCAGUGUAUCGGAGAUAUAAAUAAGGAUGGGUAUAAUGAUGUUGCCAUCAGUUCACCGUACGAGGACAACGGUAAAGGUUCGGUCUAUAUAUAUCAUGGAGGUCCUACAGAACUUACAUUCACACAGAAGAUACAAGCUAAAGACAUAAGUGCUGAUUUGUUUUCAUUUGGUUGGUACAUUUCUGCUGCUUAUGACAUCGACAAAAACAACUAUACAGAUUUCUUGGUUGGAUCAUACAAAUCGGACAUUGUUACAGUUUUACGAACCAGACCUAUCAUAAAACUGAAUAAUACAGUGGAGAUUUCCCCCUCUGUCAUACCUUUAAACUCUUCCGAACUGAAAUGUAAAGAUGAACAGUACAGACCAUGUGUAACCGUCAAACUGUGUUUCUCUUAUAGUGGAUUCAAUGUUCCACCGGCAAUAAUGGUCGCCUAUAAUAUUAGUGCUGAUACUUCAAGAACUACGUCAAUACCAAGUAAACCUAGUCGAGUUCACCUUUCUUCCAACAAUGAAGACUUUGGAAGCGAUAACCUCGUAGGGAAAACUAUACAAGUCGGAAAAGGGCCAGGAUCAUGUGUGGAAUAUUAUGCUAUUGUGCAAGCAGUUGAUAGGAAAUUCUUUGCAUCACUUGAGGAGAAAUUGGAAAUUGAAACGACAUAUGGACUGAGUGAAACACCAAUAAUAGGAGAAGUACAACCUAUAUUGGAUAAUGUUCCCUCAAGAAACAGUAAUUCGGCGAAUUUUUCUACUGGUUGUAAUGGAACAUGCAACCCUGACUUGCAUAUUGAAGCCACAUUAAAUCCAAUAGAAAUUGUCGUAGGAGUGACUUCGGAAGUAGUGCUUACUGUAAAAGUCACUAAUACAGGAGACCAGUCACAUGGAACACAGAUAAAUAUUGACAUAUCUAACAAUACCAGAUAUAUCGGAUUCAGUCAGCCGACAAAUGAAGUUACAGAGCCUGUUGACUGCAGAAACAUUGUUGAAGAAAACAAUGACACACAUGUUCAGUGUGAUCUCAGAAAUACAUUAUUUCAGCAGCAGCACUCAAAGUUUAGUGUACGUUUCAGUGUGUCUCGUUAUUUGUUGAUUAAAGAGAAUCAAAAUCUUGGUAAUUUUGAACAAAAUAUAAUCUUUAUAACAAUGGCAGAAACAACUAGUCCAGAUAUGGAUAUGUCUGAUAAUCUGCGGAAACUGAUAGCAUCUGUGAAGUUACAUGCUCAUGUAGAACUGACUGGGAUAUCAAAACCGGAUCAGUUAACUAUCUCGGAGAGGAAGAACAAUGUUCUUAAGUUUAUUCAUACUUACGAAAUAAAGAACAGAGGUCCAAGUCCGUUGUAUAAUGGAUCUAUAGAAAUCUGUCUGCCAGUCAUAUCAGAUACAGGAAAAAAUAUGAUGGCAAGAGGGACAAUACAGGUCUUUGAAAAUAGUCCACGAAUAAGUUGGAGAGUAAUAAGAUUUCUAGGAGAGAUGAUGUACAAACCAGAGAGACAACUGCCAACUUCUUCAACCACACCUCAAACUCCAACAUUUUUUUCAACAUCAACAUUACCGGCAAGACAUUCUGUAAAUCCAAAUCGUAAACGAAGAGAAACCUCACUCAGACAAACUAAAGAACAGCAAUCGAAACGAACAAUUAAGGAAAUUUCAUGUAGAACGGUUGAUCCGAGUAAAUGGGCGAUCAUUGAAAUAAAGAUUGAUUUAUUAGAGAAAGACGAGACGGAUACAUUUGAUGUUCUAGUUAAUAUAUCAGAGGAUUCACUAAGUUUUACUAAGGUAUCUGCUAUACUAUAUAAGAGUAAAGGAACAGUUCAAAGUAAAAACGACAACAGACAAUUAAUCGUGGCUGUCAAUACAUCAUAUGAAGUUCCAAGUGAAAUAUUUCCUAGAGAGGUGAGACUAGAAUCAGGAAAAGUCAAUAUAUGGAUUAUAGUUGGAGGAUGUGUCGGUGGAUUACUUCUUUUGAUACUAGUCGGUAUAUGUUUAUGGAAGUGCGGAUUUUUCAAACGAAAGAAGAAGGACCACAUUCAAAAAUGGAAACGUCAAAGUGGUUAUUACGCAAAACGACAAAGUGUCAGAGCUGGUUCGACAAAAAGUUCAAAUUAUAAACCUGUGGAUUGGUAACCGCACAAAGUAUCAGAGUUGUAUUCAAAAUAUAAAACUGUAAAUAAGUAAUAACCUGUUGGUUAUGAAAAUAUGCAGGAAAAAAGAUAAUUUUCACCAUAGAUAAAUUUAAAAAAAAAAUUAAUUGAAUUAAAAAUGUGCAUAGAUAUAUGAUAAUAAUUAUUUGCCAAAUUUACAAAUUUACAUUUAAAUGAAAUAUGUUAUGUUAUGUGUGUUUGUAUUUGUUUGGUUUUGUGUGCGGGGUUCUUAUGUUGCAUGAUUGCUGCCUCAUCAACACAUAUUCUAGAUUAUUCAAAUCAUAAAAUAUAGGGGGCAAGUAAGGUGCGUGUAUAUUUGCGUCCAUUCGUUUUUCGUUUUGAAAAACAAAAACAAAAAAACAAAAAACGAAAAUGUUUUCGUUUCCGAUUUUGAUAUCUUAAACAAAAAAAUGAAAAACGGAAAUGUUUUCUUUUUUCGAUUUUGAUAUGACAAAACAAAAACGAAAAACGACAUUUUGUUUCAAUUUCUGAAUAUAGUUCUAAUUAUGUUACGUUUAUUAUGAUGACUAUGGUUUUAUAUUGUGUUUCUUAGUCAUCGAAAUUGAAAUAUGUCAACGUAGUUCGUUUUCAUUUGCGCUAUAUCUACCAUGUCUACAUGAAGUCGGCAAUUUUUACAUAGACAAAAUACACCGCCUGACUUGUACGUUGACAUAAGGUGAUUAUUAAACAAAGACUUUCACAUUUUCUUGUUUUUAUCUAUAAUAAGAAAUAAAAUUGUAAUAUUUAAACAUUACCUGGAUUCCAAAUUUAAAUUAUACAAUGAAAUAUACUAUAAUGAUGGUAAAUAUAUAUAUAUAUAUGUA